UAUGCUUCCUAUGCCGCUAUGCGUCCGCGUCUCGCAUAUCUGGGACUUUUGAAUGUGUUAUCCUGGUGUUGUUUGCAUUAUUUAUUCAAGGUGUGAGUGGUAACUUUAUUGGUGACCGCUGCGUAAAGUGAAACCGCGACGGGCGACAUCCUCUAGGUGAAACGCGCGUAAUAAUGGCCUUCUUUAUACUUCAUAGCCUCCUAACUAAAGGAGGCAGUGGUGCAAUGGACGGCAUUUUGACAGCGACUAGUGCAUCGACGGAUGUGAAACCGAGUGUUGAAGACUUGGUUGACGAAAAUCAUUACGCGAACGAAGUUGCGGUAGACGUGAAGCCUACUGUUGAUCACGGACAUUAUGCGAAUGAUGUUACGACGGACGUUAAGCCGAACAUUGAGCAUGGUGCGAAUGAAUUUACGUUGGACGUCAAGCCGAGUGUUGAUCACAAACAUUAUGCGAAGAAAGUUACGGUGAACUUGAAGCCGUUAGUUGAUCACGGACAUUAUGCGAAUGAACUUAUCGCAUUGGUGGACAAGAAGCCCAGUGUUGAUAAUGGGCUCCAUGCGAAUGAAAUUGCGGUGGACGUGGAUCCGUGUGUUGAUCACGGACACAAUGCCAAUGAAGUUACAGUGGACUUGAAGCCGAUUGUUGAUCGCAGGCAUAGUACGGAUGAAGUUAUGGAAUUGGUGGAUGUGAAGCCCUGUGUUGAUGAUGGACAUGAUGCGAAUACAGUUACUCUCUGUGAAGGUUCGUUGCCUGCGGCAUCUCAGGACCAGUACCGUUCACUCGUGUCUGUAGAAGGUGGACUGCAUUCCUGCCGGCUGUGUGCCUAUACGACCAGGAUGAAGGGAAACAUGGAAGUACACCUUCGCAGACACACAGGGGAGCAUCCCUUCCAGUGUCACCUGUGCCCCGCUACUUUCACUAUGAAUAUCCAUCUCAAAGAGCACAUUCGCACCCAUACAGGAGAGCGUCCUUUCUCCUGUCCCUUCUGUGGUGGAUCCUUUUCACGAAAGCGUGAACUCGGUGCACACAUACGCACCCACACUGGAGAGCGCCCAUUUUCUUGUGGUCAAUGUGAUGCAGCCUUUGUGCAGAGAUACACCCUCGUGCAGCACCUGCGCACUCACACUGGCGAACGGCCUUAUUCCUGUGGCCACUGUGAUGCGUCUUUUUCCCAAAAAGGCAACCUCAUGCUGCACGUGCGCACCCACACGGGAGAGCGCCCUUACUCAUGUGUUCACUGUGAUGCAUCCUUUACACGGAAAUGCAUCUUAGAAGAGCACAUACGUACCCACACAGGAGCGCGCCCGUAUUCCUGUACCCAUUGCAAUGCAUCUUUUUCACAGAGAAGCACCCGCAGUCGCCAUAUCUCGGUACGUCAUCUAAAUAAAGCCCAAAAGGGCAGGGGUGGGAGUUUUUUUUAAGUAGGGUUUACAUGACUGAUUCAUUUUGCUAGAAGGUGACCUUUAAAAAAAACCUUUACUGCCGAGUGUCGCAGUUUCACUACAUACCAGAAAACUGUGAGCAA